CGUGUUCUCUUUUCUAUUUCAGUAUUUCUUUCGGCUUCGUUCCUUCGUCGCAGGAGUGUAAAGUUUUGUACGAGUUCUUCGUCGCUGUUCGACUUCGCUCCUUCGACGACGAGCGGAAGUUACGACAUUUUUUGAUCGGAAACAAAGGGAGCUCGCUUGCUGUGAAGUUUGGCUGGAUGUAGCUCAAAUCCGCUUCAAAUCCGGCCUAAAUCCUGCAUCCAAAGAGCCCCUUAGUUAGCUCUAGGAUUAUAUUGGUGGAUCAAGAAAGAUGCGUCAUUAGAGGCUGGGUCUCAUGGCGAAAGCUGCUGUCAUUGAAUCUUCCUCCGCUGCUGGCAUUCUCCCGCUUGGGAGGCAUGCGGCUGGUUUGAAAAUGAAAAGGAAGACUCCUUCGGAACUCAGGGGUGAACAAUUGAAGCAAAAGAAUGGUGCAGUACAUUCAGAUGAAAAGAUUGCUAAGAUGCUGCUAUCUGAAAGUGGAGUGGAUAAUGGAGUUAAGAAACCUGAAUCGGUGAAGGUUCCUAGAUAUAUCGACACCCGGGUUAAUGAUGUGUAUCCUGUGAGGAAAUCGAGUGACAGAUUUAUAGCCCUUCGUGGAAAAGACAAAGUUAAGCAGGAUGUCAUAUCUAAUGUUCAAAUGGCAAGUGGCCAAGAUAACCCUUUUGUUGCUGAGAACUUCUCAUCAGAGAACAUAACUUCACUCUUACGAUGUAAAGUUGGCGCAUCUACGAAUUUGGGGAGCUCUGACUCAUUUAGCAAAGCAACUGAUGACCAAGGUUUUAGGAAGAUUGAAAAGUGUAGCCAGAGUGCCUUGCGUAAUGUUGUUGAGAUUCACUUACGUGAUGAGAAGCCAUUAGAUUCUACCAAAGUUGAUAUGGAGAAAGCAUUGAAAGGAUUGGCUGCUCGUGAUAAAUCUUCCAUAAUCAGUUCAUACAGUGGUGCUUCCAACAAAAACUAUGAUCUACCUUCAGCUUUUGCAAGAAAAAUACCUCCGGAAUUUCACAUAUCAGGACCUAGGGCUCCUUUAGAUUUUACUUUAAAAACCACUCUACGUUUGAUCUCAUCAUCUUCAGUAAAGUGGUGUCACAGGGUAAAUGCAACGCCUUCUUUUUUUGAAAUUGAGCAGCAUGCUUCUAAAUAUGUUUCCAACAUGGAUCAACAAUCUGCCUGUACAUCAGGACAUAGUACAACUGCUGAAGUCAUGUUUUCUAAAGCUAUACAUUCUUGGGCAUUCCCACAAUCUUCAUUGCCUUCUUCCAUAGUUAUUGCAAUGACUUUAUCUGCUACAAAAGGAGAAGAAGAUUUUUUAUUGAGAAGACAACAAGAUUGGGAGGAUUCAUUUCGAAACCUCUACUACAUGCUUCGGAAGAAAAUUUGUAGCAUGUUUUAUGUUUAUACCUUACAGUUCAUCGUAUUAUUCAUUUGCAACAAGUCUUUGGGAAAGAGACAAUCAUGCAAUGCCUAUCUUUCACAAUCUACUCGUAGUUUGAGAUCCUUGCUCAGAAACCAUGGUAUUUGUUUCUCCAUGCCCCUUUGCCAUGUUGAAGUUGAACAUGCUAAUGAGGCUGAUUUGGCUGAACUAUCAGAGAUUGAACAGCAAAACCUGGGGCAGGCGUAUCAUCAAGAUUCUAUUUCUGGGGUGGACAAUAGCCCUCAAUCUCUCCUAGCAUUUAUUGGAAACACAAACGUCCAUGGUUUAUAUGACUUUCUGUUGAACUAUAGGUCUUUCCUGAAAUCCUUAAAUAGUCAUGAUGUACCAGCAUUAUACGCACCUGUUCCAUUCCCUAAUGCUUCUCUUUGUAUUCCAGAGGUGAAAUGCAGGGAGAUUAAAAAAGCUGAAAACUUUAUCGACUCCAAUGCUUCUCUAAGCUCAUCUGAAAGCCCUUUAUGUUACAGUAUAGAAGUUAAAGAUACAGUUCUACCUCCUUGGGUGAUCUCCAGGCUGUCUGCAGCAAUGACUAUAAAUGGAAACACUUUUGAAUCAAUCUUCACAACAGAACCAUUGUCGGCUGGGUUAAAUAUUGCCCUUGAAUUUUUCUGUCAGAAUAAGCCCGAUCAGCUUGGAAACUCUGAUGCUUCGGUGCCGGGCAGUGCUGAUGCUCUAGGUCUUCCUGAAGCUGCUUUGGCGCCGUGCUUGCUAUCUGCUUCUUUGAGCCGGCUCAAGUUCUGCAAUGGUUCUUACAUCGCCAAUGUAACUCAAAUAUGACUAAUAGUUACCUGUAAUGAUACCUGCCCAUUCUAUUUGAUGAAGUACUAAUUUGUUGUGAUAACUGAAUAUUUUUAUGGAAAUUGAAUUGGUUGAAGAGAA